AACAAUAGUUUUACAAACAAUGGAAAUCGGAUGAAUAUAUUAAUGGAAUUGGGAUGUUUUUCUAUUACAAAUACACGUUUAAUUAAUGUACUGACACGUUUUUAAUGUGUCGCAUUAGUUAAAAUGUGUUUUUAUUUAAUGGACAAAAGCUCCCUUCUCCUAGGAGGCUGGAAAUGUUUGGAGUGCAAGUGUUGUCAUUUGUUUGUUGACAGUUUUUGCAGAAAACUUAACUACUGAAGUCUCUAUCAAAGAGUCUUUGUUUGUGUUGGCUCAGUAAUUAACAAUGCCAUAUCAUUUUCUUCGAUUCAAAAUGAGUUGGCUUGUUAUUUGCAUACUUUGUGGUGCAAGAUUGACAUUAUGUGAGGACAACUCAGUUCCACCUAGCACUGAUAGUAUUGAUUCAACAACGAGAAAUCCAAAUAACCAGGAUCUCAGCACAGAAGAAAACCAUAAAAACAUCACUCCUUUAGUAGAUAAGUCUCCAUCAGUGACAACAAAUAGUGGAAGUGGUGCUAACAACAGUGGCCCAUAUCUAACAUCAAGUCAAUCCAGCACUACAAGUGUUCCUAGGACUGAUGCCAUAACUACAAAAACAACAUCACAAACGUCACCCGUUCCAGUGUAUGACAGAAAAUGGAUGGACUAUUUUAUUACAGCGCACCACUUCAGUGGGCAGUACAACUUCAAAGAGAAAACUUAUACAUUUGAUUUCAUUGUGCAGUAUAGACAUCCAGUCAAUCCUAACGUUCUUGUUGCAACGUUUUAUGACGAGGAAGAUGGGGCCCGAUUUGACUUGAAUGGGACCUCGGUCAAUGGAGUGGACAUAGUGUUUGCCAUGAGCCUGAUGUAUACGCCGGGGGACCUGAGGUUUCCUCUGUUCACACAGUUUGAGAUGAAGGGGCGUAUCGUGAACUACAAGGAGGGUUCAUACUUCUCUGGUAAUGUGACCAAACCUGUGAACGCAUCCUUUGGAUGGAUACAGAUGACUAAAGGACUGGGUACAGUAGAGACAGGCGAGACAGCCGGCAUGCGUACUGCGAUCAUCAUCAUAAUUCCAACAUGCAUUGCGUGUAUUGGGGUAUGCGCUACUGUGGCAAUCAUAUGCUGGGCAGUAAAGAAGGGGUUCCUGCGCGGCCGACACAAAGAGUAUCGACUUUUUAGCAACACCCUGGUGGCGUAUGAAACAGAGGCUGAAACAAUCCACAUUUAAAUAGAUUUUGUGCAAGAAACCAUGUGCGCCUUGCUCUGGGAUUAUUGGGCUUAAUACAUGUGCUUAAAGUUUUGUCGUAGAUUAGCCUGUGCUAAUCAGAAAUGCCACUAUUUUCUUACAUGUAUUUCAGGUUUAAAAGUAAUCUUUUGUAAGAGAAAAUCCAAUAAAGGCAGAAAGUUUCGUCCCUGAAUAGACUUUGUAGACUGCCAAGGCUAAUUUGGGUCAGCACUUUAUGCACAUGUAUGUAACCCUGUUUUCCCAGCGUGAGGCUGAUAUAUUAUUCACAUGGGAACACAGUAGACAAUUUGGUAUUCCUUAAUUUUGCACCUAAGAGAUUUGACUAUUCAUGAAUUACACAUGUGUUCUAGAUUGUUCUAUUGCAUUUCACAGUCUGUUCAUUAGUUUACAAGUACCGGUUGGUUGUUUUUUACGAGGCAGUCAAAGUCUCUGCACAUCUAAACAACUUAAAGAUUCCCUUUAUUUAUUUGAUAUAAUGUUGUUAAUAAUAGCCUGUUUUUUAUGAAUGCUUGGCAAAAAAAUACACCUGUCAACACUUGAUAAAUGACACAAUCAGUUUCAAUACAAACAGGGUCUUCCCAUGUGAUAAAUGCAAACAUUUAAUAGUUAGUACUAGCCAUACACAUUUGAUCAUCAUUUUAAAUGAUGCAUGUUUUGCGUGUUAUGAUUCUAAUAUCGCCUAAUUGGUGCAAAAAGUUACCAUGCAACAUUGCAAUUAGAAGGCACAUCCUUGGGUGAAGGAUCUUUGUCUUAAAAGGUAACUAUCUAUUGCCAUUUAAAACAUAUGUCUUUUUGUCCCCUACCGGUUUCACCGGAGGGGACUUAUGGUUUUCGCUCUGUGCGUCUGUCUGUCUGUCAACCUUUUCUGGAUCCUGCGAUAACUAUAAAAGUUCUUAAUAUUUUUUCAUGAAACUUGAAACAUGGAUAGAUGGCAAUAUGGACAUUAUGCACAUCAUUUCAUUUUGUAAGUACGUCAAAAAUUCUGGUUGCUAUGGCAACAAAAAAAAUAAUUCUGACAAUGGUGGAAUUUCUGACAAUGGUGGAGCUGGUAGGGGACAUAUAUUUCUUGGCAAUAGUCUUUUCUAUCAUACGAUGACAUGUUGCAGGCUAGACAUGAGGAGUAUAUCUUAACAUAUUGUGAAUAUCAUAAACAAUGAUGUUGUUAUUGACAUUUAAGACAGAAGUCGCCCAUACUUGAAGACCUAUGAAAUAGUAACCAGAUAUUUAAAUUUUGUGAUUGUGAAAGUAAAUGGCAUUGCAUUAACACUUAAUGUAUAUUGUAGUGUUGUGAUUUUACCAUUAACAUUAUUUGGUUGUAAAUUUCUUGUAGUUGCUGAAUGUUGUUAGCUAUAAACUUGAUGUUUAAGGUAUUCGUAUCGUCCUGUUGAUUUGUAUGGGACAGAUCCUAAAAUACGAGUUGCAUUUACGAUUUUCUGUAGUUAACUGCAUAGAUCAUGGGUGUCAAUUCUCCAAAAUCCUGAAAAUAAGCCUAGCAUUAGGGGGACAAGAGCCAAAAGUGGGUUGAUAAUUCAUUUAAUUAUGUCAACUAUGUAGACAAUACUUCAAAGUAUAAUAAUUGGUGUUUAAAAUCACAUUUUGUUACAAGAAUUUAAAAAUAAACAGAAAAAAUCCUCUGAUUUAUAUCAAUAUAAAAAGUGGUACUCGAGAGCCUAAAUCCUGAAUUCAGGCAUAAUCCUGAACUUUGACACCUCUGAUAGAUAUUGUUUACCUAAAUUUAUAAUUUCAAAAACUUCAUUACGAAGCAAAGGCGGGUACGCUGGAAUCACCAAAGACGUCUGUUCAUCCGUCAGUCUGUCUGUCCACAUAAAAUUAUCCGCAGGCACCCCCUUACAUCUUUCUACGUACAAUAUUGAUACUUGCAGGCCUUGAUCUUGAUGAUAUGAAGUUGUCAGGUGCGAAUUGCAUUGUCCUACUUUAAACAUUACAACAUUUGUGCCACUGUUUCAACUAAGAAGUUCUGUAACCUUAUUUGUGUUACUGUAGACUUUAUUAUCAAAAGUAUAACUUCUAGAUGUGUUAUAUUUGGUAUGUACAUGUAACAUGGCAUAUUACCCCUCUACUUAGUAACUGGCCGAACCCAGGGGAUCAUAGUAUUUACAUAGACAUAAUCAGUAAAAUAACUUAAAAAUAUUUUCUCUGAAUCCACAAAACUCAACAUUUAACAUUUUUUAAGUAAAAUGGAAUUGUGGUUCUCUACAAACUUGCUAAAAAAAUGCUGGUGGGGUGGGUAAAAACUGGCCAUGACGUAGGCAUGCUGGGGUUGUUGUCCCUAUUGGGACAGGUUCCAGUUUUUACUGAAUCGUGUAAAAAUAAGUCGUAGAAUCUCAAUAGGACGAUAUGAGUUACGUUGUGGAAAAACUGGGCUUAAUACAUGUGCGUAAAUUGUCAUUACAGAUAAGCCUGUGCUGACUACACUUUUGGUUUUUAUGAUUUUUUAUAUAAAGGAAGUCUCUUUUAAAUUGAAAUCCAGGUUAGGCGGAAAGUGUUGUCCCUGAUUAGCCAGUGCGAACUGCACGGGCUAAUCUGUGACAAUACUUUACACUAAUGCAUUAAGCCCAGUUUUACCAGAACAUGACUUACAUGAUUUUAGCUAAUCGGCUUAUGGUUAGCAUAUGUGAUACUUUGGUGAGACCCUUUUCUGCUUUGCACUGUAUGCUAUCCACUUUUAUCUUGUGCAUUCCACAAAACAUUUAUGAACGAGUUAUUUUUAGGGAUGUUAUACAAUUUUAACUAAGUUUGUGCUCUUGUAAUUGGACAGAUCAAGAUUCUUUUUAAAAUGCACUUGUAGAUCUCAUUAUAUUUGAAAAGGACUUUUUAAUACACAAGUUGAAAGUAGGUCUGUUUUUCUUUGUUUUCAUCUGAUUGAAUAUGUAGCCUGUGCAAUAUUCACAUGUACAUAACAUUUCCAACAGUUAUCAUUUUACAUUCCAUAUCAAAUGUAUUUUGUAAUUCUUUUAAUGUUAAUGUUUAAUAAAUACUUUACAAACAGCAAUAAUAAUCUUUUAAUAAGUUUUUGUUGUCUGUAAAUUUAAAUAUUAUUUGUACAUGACCUAACACUGGACCUUUGUGGGCAAGGAGCAAUGUUAUUACUCCUAACACAGGACCUUUGUGGGCAAGGAGCAAUGUUAUUACUCCUAACACAGGACCUUUGUGGGCAAGGAGCAAUGUUAUUACUCCUAACACAGGACCUUUGUGGGCAAGGAGCAAUGUUAUUACUCCUAACACAGGACCUUUGUGGGCAAGGAGCAAUGUUAUUACUCCACAAUUAUAAAACUUCCAGGUCCCUCUGCUAGCUAACAUGUGUUGCGCUAAGUUGUCAGUAAUAGAAUAGGAUAUAUAUGUAUUGGAUCCAUAGUUAAAUGGUUGUGAAUUUACGAUAUUUAUGUUCACUAAAUUUAUUGUAUUCUACAUGAAAUUUAUCUCUUUAAUGGAGUCUCCUGAUUGCCUUUAUGUUGUAUUUGUUUAAACAUGCAUGGCAAUAUAUGAAUUUAAGUUUAUGUUGUAUUUGUUUAAACAUGCAUGGCAAUAUAUUAAUUUAAGGUGCAAAAAUCUCUGUUUCAUACUUUCAAGGCAAUUAUUAACAGUAACUACAGUUUAACCCUUUCCCACACAGAAGCAAAGUGAAAAUGGCUAUGUGCAAACAGCAUAAAACCAGUACAGCCCAGAGUGAGUAACUCGCAGUCUGUUCAGGUUUCAUGCAUUUUGCUGCUCAUCAGUAACUAAGGGUUUUCAAAUGAAGCCUUUAAAACUUGAGUUUAGUAAAAAAGGUAUUUAAUAAAAUGUAACUUUCUUAGGGACUACAAAUGCUUCAAAAUACCUAUCUAAGUGGUAAAGGGUUUAACAGUAGAUAUAAAAUUUAUACAGAUGUUAAUGCUCAACCUAAUAUUCCAGUAUUUUCUUUCUUCAUGUACCAAAGUUGUCAGAUAUGUUGUGAUAUUUGUGAAUAAAUAAGCGCAAACCUUUA